AUUGGUAUAAUAAUAAUAUAGUAUAUAGAAGAGAGAAUGAAAAUAGAUAGGCGAUCUUGAACUAGAAAUAGAGCGAAAGAGACGGCGACAUGCACAAACAUGUUCCAUUCCCCCCCUCCAUAAAUCAUGUUGGCAGCCCAUCAAUCCUCUUGAGCGUAAAGAAGACAUCCAUGCGCACGAGCAUCUCCAAUAUUCCCCUUCGAGCGGUGCAGGGGCCUUGGGCGGUUCAAUAAUACACAUUUCUGAAAAUGGCCAAAUGUCUGAGCUUCACGGGAUCUGCCGACUUUCUCUACCGGAGCUUCUUCUCCUAUUCCGGCCUCCGUUCCGUCAAAACUGACUUCCCUGAUGGCACCACCAUGCACUGUUGGGUACCCAAGUCCCAAAAACUCUCCAAACCCAACCUCCUUUUGGUUCAUGGAUUCGGCGCCAACGCUAUGUGGCAGUACGGCGACCUGCUCCACCACCUCAUGCCCCGCUUCAACAUUUACGUCCCGGAUCUGCUCUUCUUCGGCGACUCCAAGACGGAGCGCCCCGAGCGGACCGAGGCCUUCCAGGCGCAGUGCGUGAUGCGCCUCAUGGAGGCCCACGGCGUCCACAAGAUGAGCUUGGUGGGAAUCAGCUACGGCGGGUUCGUGGGCUACAGCAUGGCGGCGCAGUUUCCGGAGGCGGUGGAGAAGGUGGUGCUCUGCUGCACUGGGGUGGUGUUGGAGGAGAAGGAUUUGAGGGAAGGGUUGUUUGAGGUGGCGGACUUGGACGAGGCAGCCAGCAUUCUGAUGCCGCAGACGCCCGAGAAAUUGAGGGAGUUGAUAAGGUUCGCCUUUGCUCGGCCCCUCAUUAAGGGCGUUCCUUCCUAUUUCCUGUCUGAUUACAUUGACGUUUUCUGUACAGAUCAUGUGGAGCAAAAGAAGGAACUGAUUCAAGCUCUAAUCAAAGACAGACAGCUCUCCAAAGUUCCUCGGAUAGAACAGCCCACAUUGAUAAUAUGGGGAGAGCAGGACAGAAUAUUUCCAAAGGAGUUGGGCCACAGGCUCGAAAAGCACAUAGGAGACAAUGCGAAAUUGGUGAUGAUCAAGAAUGCAGGACAUGCAGUGAACAUUGAGAAGCCAAAGGAGUUUGCCAAGAAUUUGAAAUCGUUUCUGAUUGAUUCGCGGUUGUCUCCACGAUCCAAGAACCCGUCUCAUCGGCACAGACACUUCCUCAGCUGGCCUAGCCAAUGACACCUUCCUCCCCAGAUUCAUCCAACAAAAUAAAAAAUAAAUUGUUUAUAAACAUUAAUGUUGUAUUUCCAUUCCAUUUUUCUUUCCUUAUUUUCCCAUUAUAUUUAUUUUAUUCGUACAAGUUUUUACUGCGUUUGAUUGCUUAGGUGUAGAGGACCUUGAAUUGCUGCUAGUUUCAAGUUGUAUUCUUUUUUCUUUUAUUCAACACUUUGUAUGCAAAUUUUUCUUUGUUUUUUCU